GGCCGCCGUCGUCCCUGAGGGAGCCGCUGCAGGCGCGUCCGGUUUCCACGGCAACGCGGCCCGGCCCGCGGUACCGGCACCGCCACCGGCACCGAGAUGCUUGCUCAGGUGCCUGACGAGCCCGAAAACUCUGACUCUUCUCGGAAGAGUGUCUAUGACAGUAAGGUGUCUGCAAGAGAGGCAAAGAAGAAGAAAGUUGUAUUCUGGGGCAUUGAGGUGCCUGAAACACUCAGUUGGCAUGGCUGGGAACUUGGAAAAGAGAUGAUCAAACACCUGACCUUGAAAAAUGUUCAUGGGAAAGUCCAGAAGCUGCGUUACAGGGCUCCUUCCACGCCAUUCUUCUUCACUGUUUUCCCGCAGCCGAUCACUCUGAACCCUGGCAUGUCUGUAACUCUGCCCAUCGUUUUCCGGCCCAGUAAAGAGAUGGAUUAUGAAGACAACAUCUUCUUUAUGAAGGCUGAGGGUGAGUUCUCUGUUACCCUGCAUGCUAUGCUUCCACGCUUCUGUCUGUCCAUCCCGGCCGCUGUCCAGUUGCCUGUCUGUGCUGUCCACAGCGCUACAGAGGCGACGUUUGCUGUGCGCAACGUUGGUGAUCUCGUUAGCAUCUUUGCCUGGGAGACAUCAAGUCCUUUCUCCGUGGAUCCUAUGUUUGGCACACUGAACCCAGGUGCUGAGUGCAUGGUCAAGGUGGUCUUCAAGCCCAAGGUGGCUGGGGUGCAUUAUGCAGCAGCAACAUGCUGGUUUGGAGGUGAAGUGAAACAAAUGAGGACAAUCAAGCUAAAAGCCCUGGCCAAAUACCCCUACCUGUGUGUGAGCAUGACAGGAAAGAAGUCUGAAGGUGUACAGCCUGGAAAGUUUCAGGAUGCCCUGUGUUUUGGAUCAGUACCAGUGGGGAAAACUGUGGAGAAGUGUGUGGAAAUUGUCAACAUAUCUCUGGUUGAUGCACCAUUUAGAAUAGAACAAGCAGAAGGCCCUCUGCUUCGUGAUUAUGGUUUCUCCUGUGAUGUGUCCCAUGAUGUUGUUCCUGCCAAAGGAAAGCUGGUCUUGCGCAUACGGUUUCAGCCCCACGUAGUAGGAGAGCACAGUACUGACUAUUUCACUAUCACAUCUGCUGCAUACCACUUGAAGACUGUUCUGAAAGUGGUUGGUUCAUGUAAAGGUCCUUCUGUGUCCCUGCACCAGCAUUCUGUGAACUUUGGCUGGAUCAAUCUUGGAGAAAGUUUGAUGCGGACACUGAAGAUCAGCAACACGUCAGAUGUCCCGGCCUAUUAUCAAUUUGAUAUUGAUUGCAAAGGGAGUGUCUUCUCCUUGGAUCGCUCCUGUGGAGUCUUGGAGGGUGCAACAACACUGACACUGAAGGUGAUCUUUCGACCUGCUCACCCUAUCAAUUAUCACCGCAGAGUCGUGUGCCUUGUCCACCACCAGGAACCCCUCUAUGUGGACUUUUUUGGUACUUGCCAUUCAGACACAGCUAAGCCAACCACCCUUCAGAAAAGACACCUCUCCUGGUACAGAACCAACAUGGUGAGGGGACUGACCUUCUACCCCCCUGAUAUCCUGAGUGAAAUGCUGAAAAAUGGGAAGUUGCAGAUGGAUGAAAAGGGAGCCCUCAUGCUGCCCCCUGAGAUUUCUGAGGACCAGCCACCCAAGGAAUACUUGGAACCCAAUCCCAUGGCUGAAUAUUUCUACAAUGCUGUAAGCAGUGACCUGGCCUUGUUUCCUGCUCAUGUUAGUGUCAGCCCCAGGGAGUAUGAUUUUGGAUGCUGCAUGCCACCACACAAGGCAGACUCUCUUUCUCUCUGUGUGACCAACCACACCAAAGGAAGUAUCAUUGUUGCCUGGACUCCAAGCCAUAGCAGCGCCUUCCAAGUGCACCCCGACAUCGGUGACAUCCCACCGUUGAAGUCUUCAACCUUCUAUGUCUUUUGCAGGCCCACUCAGGUCAACAGUCUUUAUGCAACAGAGCUGGAAGGUUUUGCUGUUUAUAAGGUGAUGAGACACUACACCAACAUUGAGAAUGAUGCCACCAUCUGUCCAUCGUGGUGCCUGACUGUGAGGCUGAGAGCACACACAUAUGAAGCAAAACGGGAGCACAUCAUUCCACAGUACGUCCUGGAUGUCCCCAAAAUUUUUCCUCCUGUGGCUUGUGACACUGAUACCUACUGCAGCAUGCUGUUGUCCAACCCGAGCACCUCUUUGAUAACCUUCAGUGUAAACCAAACUGCCUGUCCUUCUGUUUUGGUCAAGCCCAGCUUAGGACAUGUCAUUCCAGGAGGCCACCAGAUUUUCUUUCUCUCCACUCACCCAGUUAACACAGUCUUGAAGCAGCAUGUCCUGCCUUUGGAGCUGAACUCUUAUCCUGCAUACACCAAGGAGAUUGUUCUCCAGAGUUGCGGGCAGUCUCUUCUUUUGCUCUUAGAAGGUGAUGGAAUUCUCUACUUCAAACCUCUCCAUGUAGGGACCUCCUCUACACGAAUGUACACUAUUAAAAACUGCACAAGUCUACCCAUGGUUUUCACAUGGAAGAUCCGUCGGUCAGACAGUAAGAUCCUGUCUGUCAGCCCCACUGCAGGGAUCCUCCAGCCCUAUGAAACCAUGGCUCAGGCAUGGACUUUUACUCCUGACAAGAAAACCAAGUAUGUGCUGCAAGCUAUGGUGUUUGUGAGGUGGAAAAGCCCAGACCCUGUGUCUCCCAAAGAUGUCCAUUAUGUCUUACGGAUCAUUGGAGAAGGGGCACUGGGCACCAUCAGGGCACAAAAGGAGCAUCUGGACCUUGGAAAUAUUCUAGUUGGUGAUCAAAAAAGCUGCAGCAUUGUACUGCUAAACGAUGGGAUCUGUACUCUGAAUUACAUCCUCAGUGUGGAACGACUGUUCACAGGGCCCUGUGACCAUGAGGAGGUCCUCAGUGAUCUACCAGCUAUAGAGCUGGAACACUCCAGAGGAACAGUCCCCGCAAGAUCAAAAGUUUUUGUCCGAGUAAAAGUAAGGCCAGCCCGUCGGCUGUGUUACACCUGGUUAAUCAAAUAUGCUAUUUGCACAGCCAGAGCUGCAGAUCUUGCAAGCGCAAAAGAGAAGCAGCAGCAGUUCCUCUGCUGCAUUGUAGCAACAGGCGUCUACCCAACUUUGUGCAUCACAGAUGCUUGUACAAUAGGGACUGCCAGCCGUAACAGCAAGAUGCACAUCUGGAAGCUCUUCUCCUUGGACACACUGAAUGAAUUCUUGGAGCGAGACCCAACUCCUGGCGAGCUCACCUACAAAGUUCCCACAAGGCACAGCACAUGCUUGAUCCCUCCAGUGUAUACCCCUCUCCUGCUGGAUUUUGACUUUGGGUCUGCCCCAGUGGACUCAGAGCCUACGAUUGUGGUGCUUAUGCUGGAGAACAAGGGUGUGGUACCUGUGGAAUGGGCCUUCUUGUUUCCUUCUGAUCAGAAGAUGGACAUGGAGCGCUGGGCAGAAGAUGCUGACUUUACCCCCCAGGAGUUGCACCAGAUGAGCAUUCAGGAUAACCAGCUCUUCAGUGUUUCUCCAAAGUCAGGAACACUUCUUCCAGGGCAGGAGAAAUCUGUCCAGCUCUCACACAGACAUGAUUUCAUUGGCACUGAUCGCCUCCCUGUCCUGCUGAAGAUUUCCUAUGGCCAUGAGAUUCUGCUGACCUUCAGCGGUGUGACAGUGGAACACGACCAGCGGUACGUUCAUUUUGCAUCCACUAAGCACGUCUUCGCACCCGUCGCUGUUGGAUGCUCCCAACCCCCCACACAGAUUUAUAAACUCUACAAUGGUGGCUCCAUGCCUGUGACAUUUGAGGUUCAGCUGGACAACAUUGUGAAGAUAAAGGAGAAGAAUUUUCAGCAUCCUGUGUUUGUCUGCCUAACUCCUAGAGGAGAAAUUCCCCCUGGUGAAGCGGGGCACAUUGAAUGGAUCUUCUCACCUCUGGAAGCUAAAACAUACACGGUUGAUGUUCUCAUCGACAUCCUGGAGGGUGACUCAACCCAGAUUACUUUCCAGGGAGUAGGCUACAAUCCAAAUAUUGUAAGAGAGGCUGCUACAUCCAGACAUUUUUUUUCUUCUGCGGUCAUUCCAGGUUCUGCCAAGCUAACUGUGCCUGGGCAGGCAGCCACCUUGUCCCAUCACAGGAUUUGCCUUGGAAAUAUCCCAGACUGCACCAAAGCUGGUCGACUUGUCUUUCUCAACAAUAUCUCGAAGAGCAAGGCAGUGGUGUUUACCUGGCAGUUAAACUCCUGUAAAGAAAUGGUGUUGGAGGUUGCUCCAGAGUCAGGGGUUGCACAGCCUGGAGAGAGUGUCCCCUGCUUCAUCACACUGCAGCCUACAGGGAAUCCCUACUUCUGCAGAAUAAAUCUGGUGUGUGAGGUGUACAUCCAGGAGUCCCUGGUUCAGUAUGAGAGGGAUCUGCAUGAGUGGGAAAAGGAGAAGGAACGGCAGGCUGUGGAAUUCACCAUCACAGAGAAGGACCUUGGGAUUAAGAAGAAGCUAAAGUCACCUUCAGUGAGGUUAUCAGAUUCUGCUGAAACAGCAAAUCUUCCUGAAUCAUCAGCUGUGAUCAGGAAAUACAAGACAUUACCCCCUAUUAAAAGCCGCCCUACACCCAGUCAGCCACCUGGACACAAUGACAAGGGGCUGUUGGACAAAGAUACCAGCCAGAAGUGGGUCAAACCAGAGCCUCCCACGCCCUUGUUCUUACACCUUGACGUGUCAGCCAGGUCCUACGCUAUUGAGGACUUCCUCAGCAACUUUGCCUUGGAUUUUCACAGAUACUUCUUAUCCCGCCCUUUCAGCACCCAGCCCUCAGAGUGCAAAUUGGUGGAUGGAAGUAGGCACAGAAACAGGACGGACGUGGAGCUCAAACAGCUGUCCUUGGCUUCUGCUUCUAAACAAGAGCUGGAGGUGGUGACUGACAUACUCACAGGUGUCAUCAGAAGCCUCUUGGAGGAUGGCCACUUCCAGACAUCAGUGAGAAAAAUCCAAGAUGAGCCUAUUCCAUAUUUCUCCCAGUUCCAGUCUGCAAAAUCAGCAGAGCUCCAGGACAGUAGACAGGGCUCCACGUUCCCCUCCAGGGUCUCUUUUUUGACAGAUCUUGACCUUGAGAAGGAUGGAGAGAGGAAAAAAAUUAGUCAGGAAACUUCUCCCAGUGAUUUGCCAGAGUCUUGCAAGACUUUUCACCAUAAGGAGUUGAUGGAAAAGGAGAUCAUAAGUAGGCAGCCAGCUGUUGGGAACCUUGUGGAGCUGGUGCUGGAAAACAUACUGCAGAACAUCCUGAUUGAAGCCAGCCGUGGGGAGGUGGUGCUGACAGCCCAGCCCAGGAUCAUUGCUUUACCCCCCAAUGCCUCCCGAAGAAUCACCAACCCGGCAACCCCACCCUGCAGAGCAUAGCUGCUGGAUACUGUGCUGCUUAAGCUCCUCAAGCACGUCAGCUCUCUCCAUUCUUCAUCCCUGUGAUGUCCAGAGCAACUCGGACCCUCCCACACCAUGACCUUAGCUCAGAAUGUUGGCUUUCUCUGAGGUGGUAUGUCCUGAUUAUGUUCUCAGCACCAAUUUGAAUCCUCUGACAACUCCACAGCAGAGUUCAUGAGAUCCCUCCUUUCUGUGGCUGGCCACAUCAUCGGAGAAGAACUCUAUGCUACAGGGAGCACAUGGACAACCACUGUGACAAUUCCCACUAUCCUCAGCCUGCACCGGCUGAGAGGAGUGGAAUCUGCUUUGGAAUGUAGCUGAGGAGGGACUGACAUUUGGGCAAUGAGGUGAUGGGAUCAGCAGGAUGCAGGUACUGUAUCCUCCUCCCCUCCUUGCUCCAGUGGCGACUGCAGGUUCCCUUUCCAGCGAGCAGCCCGAGGGGGCAGCUGCAGCACAAUCAGUACACGCGGCAAGCCAAUAAAAGCAGCUUGACCUUCAGACACCG